AAACCUGUAAACCGCAUUCACCGGUUCCAACUCUAUAGCGACAAUAACUCUAUAGCGGUUGUCCAGAGCACUGCAAUUAUUUCUCAUUUAAACUACUACAAUCAAAUGGAUUUCCCCACACAUGAUUUUUAUGUCUGUUCUCUGCACGGCAAUUAUUUUUUCUGCGCUGCCGCGGCUUCAGAAGUGCGCGGCCGCGCACGCGCGCAGCUUAGAGGGAACAUUGGUUGCGGGGACCCGGGGCAUUUUGUGGAUAAGUGACCAGUGAUGGAGGUGGGGACGUUGAUCCGGGUCCCGGACGACCUGCAGGCUGCCCCUGGUCAGGCUGGCUGGUACCAAAUACCUGACCCGAGCACCCAGAAUGCGUUCAUUCCAGCCCUCAUUCACUCCGGCGCCAUCACACCAGGGACCUUGGGUUCUUCAGCAGCAGAAGACACUAGCCAGGCCUCGGACCAGGACCUCUCCUCCUCCGCCGCCCCCGGUCUUCGAGGUCUCGACGAGGAACCGCUUCUGCCCUCUUCGCGACGCCGUGGUCAUCGGAGACUCCAUCGUCUGUCACGUCCACGCUACCACAGCCAAAGGUAAGGUGCGCAGUCACUGUUUUCCUGGUGCUCAUGUUCUUGAUGUCACUGUGCAGGUUCCUGUGAUCCUGAAUGCCGCUGAGAACAUCGGAGCUGUAGUGCUGCACGCGGGGGUGAACGACACCAGGCUGCGGCAGACGGAGGUGCUGAAGCAGGACUUCAGGAGCCUGAUCAAGACAGUACGAGCCACAUCUCCUGCGACGAAGAUCAUCGUGUCCGGACUGCUUCCGACGUACCAACAUGGACAUAAAAGGUUCAGUAGAUUAUUUGCUUUAAAUGAAUGGUUGAUGUCUUGGUGUAAUGAACAGAAGCUGCUCUUUAUAAAUAAUUGGAAUCUUUUCUGGGAACAACCUAGGCUCUUCCGUGCUGAUGGCCUGCACCCCAGCAGAAUCGGAGCUGAUCUUCUAUCAGAGAACAUCUCCAAGAUGCUUCGCACCAUAUUUCGCACCACUUAAUUGAUAGAAAUGUGAGUGUAGUACAGUCUAUAGAAACUGUGUCUA